UACAGUUUACGUCAGUUGAAGGCAGAGGACUGAGGGGAGCCAGCUGCUGGGGAAGCAGAGCAGAGUUGGGAUAAUGGCAGUUGUGAGCAUGGCUGGAUGUCUGAUCGACAAGCAUGGAGACGAGCAGGGAAGCAGGCAGGCAUGUGAUGAUCCUGUGGCACAGGGAGGAAAGGAUUAAUCUAUGAGGUAACAUGCGAGACAAAACUUAGAAAUGUACAAUUGUAAGUGGCCUCUGGACAUGCACCACCAAGCUGGCUGAAACAACAACCUGGGGGACGAGUGGAUGAAGAAGCUGGGGUUGAUGAGUGAAUGGAUUUCAGGUGUGCAGGCUGAUCAGCGAGCCUGGAGACGGAGAGCGGCGCCAUGGUCACAACACAGACACCGAUACAGGCAGGGCGACAGACUGGGGAGCACAGGAGACACAAGGGAAAGGGAAAUACCAUGAAAGCAAGGAAUAAAUUGACAUGCCACGAUUGUGACAACCACCACCAUGUACACCCAUCACGUACCCUGUAUCCGACUCAUGAAUUGUUCCCGUGUAUGUCACCAGACCUUUAGUCUGAACCACAUUAGUGAAAGUAUAGGGAAAAAUCAGGGGGAGGAACUGUGACGUUGCCACCAAUCCUCGUGUCACUGUGUGUUGCGGAGGGGGUGAUUUCAUUGUGUUUCCUGUUUCUGGCAGCAUUUCUCAUAAGACUCCAAAGAACUGACAGUUCUGACCUAUAAACAGUCAAAGCACAUACACAACACUUUAUUUGACUCAGUUUCAGAGGAAAGCCACAAAAGACUGAACGUCAGAAUGCCUCACGCUUUAGGUGAAUUUCGUGGCAUCCUCUCCUGCUGAUAACUGUGCUGUGAUACUGAUUUUUUAUUUUUUUUCACGAGUGAAGCCAACACUCAUCUGCAAACUCUUCUAACAUGGACUUUGUCUUGGUUUUCCCGCUGAUACUUGCCUUCCUUUCCAGUGGACAGAGUUACACAAAGGUGACAGAACAAACCAGUAAUUCAUGUUAUAAAUUGUGCCCAGCUGGAUAUCACAAAGUUGGUGACUGUAAUGAUCCUGCUGCAAAGUACAAAUGUAAAAAAUGUGAUAAUAACACAUACACAGAGAUAGAAAACCAUAUAGAGAAGUGCCACAGGUGUCAAACAUGUGGUUCUCUUGAGGUGGUGAUAAGACCCUGCUCCUUUAAUAGCGAUGUGGAAUGUGACUGUAAAGAAGGAUUCUACAAUGCAGGCUCGACUAUCACUUCAAAGCUCUGCGAGAAAUGCAAAUGUGAAAAAUGUGAAGAGCGCUCUGGUCAUCCUGACUACGAACGGAGAUGCCAACCCUGCCAAAGGGCUGAGUGUCUGAAGUACCCAGAAUGCAAGAGGAGAUGUAACGCAACUACAGUUCCACCUCCAACUACGCCUCCAUCUACAAGUGUAUUAACUAAACAUGUGACUGUGGCAGCUUCAGCUACAGCAAGAGCAACACAUUUGAGUCCUGUUAUAGAACCAAUCUCGCCUAACACACUGAACUAUAUUCCCUGGCUGGUUCUCGGGGUGGUUGUGGUGAUAUUUGUGCUGCUCUUUUGGCUCCUGCUGGUCUUCACCAGGAACCAUCCAGGAAAAAUUUGUCCCUGCUGGAGCAUGGACAAAGGCGUGGAGCCACAUGCUGAGGAACCCAAUUUCAACGACAUCAAUCAUCAAGUGAGCAGCCCAACCACGCAGACUUUGCACAUAUCUGAGGAAACUCCCAUGAUGGUUCUUAGCCAGAGUCCAGCCACACCGCAAGAUUCAGCCCAAAUCUGUCCUCGGCUGCCAAAUGCUGAACACAAAGCUGCCAGACAAGAUGACCAAUCAGAGCACUGGCCCGCCAUUGUCCUCUAUGCGAUCAUCAAGGAGGUGCCCUUGCGUAGGUGGAAGGAGUUCUUGCGUCUGCUCUCGGUGGCUGAUCAGCAGCUGGAGCGGGUGGAGCUGGAGGCUGGUUUGGGCCUGGGCUCCAUGGAGAGACAGUACCAGAUGCUGAGGCUAUGGAGCCAGCGCUCUUCCGCGAGCCUGGACGACGUCUUCUCGGCCUUGCACUACAUGGAUUUAUCCGGCUGUGCUCAGCUUCUGCAAGAAAACCUGGAGAAGCUGCAGUGGAGGUCUGAACCUAAGCAAGGUUUUGCAGCCUGCUGAAGUUACAAUACAAACUGUGGUUUCAGUGGAAGCGAUGCAGGACACCUGAGGCUGCAACUGCAGACAUAAAUAUCGUGGUGUUAAGACUAGAAGCUUCAAGUUCCUGGAAAGGACAUCACUAACUGUAGCUACUACGUGGUACAACCACAGAAAACAGCAAUGAUGUCAUGAAUAAACCAUACCUAGCUAUGCAGAUACAUGCAAUAGUCUAACUAAGAGUCAAAUGGCAUUACAGAGCACUGUGGAGCCCCAGAUAGAUCCAACUGCAAUUGGAUUAUUUUCUCUUUUCCAACCUCUUUUAGUGGAUAAAGAUCAUCAGAUGCACUCCAGAUAUGUGUUUAUUAUGUUUGACCUUUAUAGACUAAAGCUCAACCGUUUGUUGAAUCGAGAUUUAUUUUACAUCCAGACUGACACGAAAAAUGCAGGGUGUACAUAUCGAAAAACGAAUAGAUAUAUUGCAGCACCGAAUCAGCUGCAGAACUGGAGCUCGGAUCCUUAAGUAGCUUCUUCAAAUGAAUGUGACAAAACAAACAGUAGCAUUUUAAAGAAAGACAUCAUGCCUGUUAAUACUCAGGCCGCGCUCUAGUAUGUAUGUGGAGAAAAUAAAUAAAUAAAUGAAAAUUAAGAAUCAAGAAAAGUCCCCUUCCCUGAGCUAAUCUGUCAAAACUACUACUACUGUCAAACACCACUUAACCUUUAGCUUCUCACGUAAGCCAACUGUGGGGGCUGUGGUUUUAGAGCACAGUGCUGAAAUGUAAAUAUGUGUAACUCUGUGACUGUGUGUGUGGACGAGAGGUAAGCAGGUUGUGCUUAAAAUGAAGAAAAAAAAUGUUUGAAUUUUGAAGAAGUGGCCGACAGUAAACAACAAUAUUAUUUUACCUCUAGAAAUGGGUGCUGACCUAUUUAUUUAUUUUUUUAAAGCAGGUUACUAGUCCAAGUAAAGGCUCCUGUUCCGUUUAAGUAUUUAAACUGUGUGAACAUUUCAGUGUACAUCUAUGAUGUAUUGCACUGCUAGAGAUCCUUUCAACAUGUCUGACAUCUCCGUUUCAAGUCAUCCCGUUUGACAUGAAACUCUGAUGUAACAACUCAGCCAGUGAUUCUUGUUGGGCACCGUUGCAAGGGAAGAAAACUGAAGUCCCCACAGGAUGUCAGAUUUUCAGUUUCCUGCAAAGAAAUGGUGACAAGGCGCAGAAGGCUGGGUUUUUCCUCACCACACAUAUUCCAUCUAACCUGAUGGUUUCCUCUGGUGUUGUUGCUGUAUCUCAUUUUGAGAGUUUUUGUGUGUAAGGUCAGUUAGUGACAGUUGGACUUUCCAAUCAUGAAGUUUAUUAAUGAAUGUUUUAAAAUGAAUAUAGGUCUGUGGUUUUUUGGCCUUGAGGCACGUGUAUGUAAAUAUUUUGGAAUUAUUGUUUUUCAUUUUCUGAAAGUACUAACUGAUGCUUGUGUACUUUGUUACAAAGCUCAGGGAGUGGAUUAUCAUACGAGUAUACGAGUUUUAUCCUAUGGAGUCACCUAUGGUACAAAUAUAUGGUCAAAGUGACAUUUUGCAGUGUGUCGUGAAUAAAAACGCUU